AUGCAACCAUCUACCAUUACUGCCGCUCCAAAAGAUAAGACCAACACAGAAAAUAAGGACAACUACAUUAUCAAGGGUGUUUUUUGGGACCCGGCCUGUGUCAUUGCCUAG